CCUUCACGAAGAUGUUGUGUUUGGGAAUUUUCUCGCAAAUAUCAUUGAUUUUUGCAGAAAAUAUGAUAAGUUCAGAACCCAUCGAUGAGAAGGUCGAAGAUAAGGUCAAAAAGAAUCAUAUCAUUGAUAGUGUUAAUAUGCUCAUAUUUUUGUUUUUGCUUAUUUUAACUACUGUUACAAUAUGGGCGUUUAAGUAUCGGCGAAUUCGCUUUCUACACGAAACAGGCUUGGCAAUGAUUUAUGGCCUUGUUGUUGGAGCAAUCAUCAGGUACGCGUCACCAGGUAUAGCGAGAACGCACUUUGUUACAACGCUACCUCAGUAUGAAAACUUCACACGCAACGAUCCUCCAGAUGGAAUAUGGCUGAGCAUUCGAGAUAGAAGUAACCAGACUAGUCGUAACACAACAUUUGAGUACUCGUAUGUGGGGCAGCUAUAUGAAGAAACAGAAGAUAAGGAUCUUGAAGCGAAGGCAACGUUUGAUCCGGAGGUAUUUUUCCAAGUUCUCUUGCCACCUAUCAUAUUUCACGCUGGCUAUAGCUUAAAACGACGGCACUUCUUUCGCAACCUAGGCUCCAUCUUUCUAUAUGCCUUCCUCGGAACAACAGUAUCCUGCUUUGUAGUUGGGUCUCUCAUGUUCGCCUUCGUACAGAUGAUGCCAUAUCUCCCAUUCAGUUUUAAUGAUUGCUUGUUCUUCGGUGCAAUCAUCUCUGCAACGGAUCCAGUGACGAUACUGGCCGUCUUCAGUGAUCUCAAGGUGGAUGUCGACGUCUAUGCACUUAUCUUUGGCGAGAGUGUGUUGAACGAUGCGGUUGCCAUCGUUCUUGCUGGUUCAGUUGAGAAGUUUAUGAUGCGACAUGAUGGGGCAAUAGAGACGUACAGCAAUACUGGUUCAGGGCCUGGCUUCGAAGUGACAGCCUUCUUCAAGUCUGUGGGAAACUUCCUGGGGAUCUUCUGCGGAGCAUUUGCCAUUGGAUCCAGCAUGGGAUGCAUCACUGCACUCCUGACAAAGUUCACGAAGAUCAAGGAGUAUCCUCUGCUGGAGACGGCGUUGUUCUUUCUCAUGUCCUACAGCACGUUCCUGAUGGCCGAGGCUGCAGAACUCACCGGAAUCGUGGCUGUUCUCUUCUGUGGCAUCACACAGGCUCACUACACGUACAACAACCUAUCCGUGGAGUCGCGGGGGAGGACGAAGCAGUUGUUUGAGCUUCUCAACUUCCUCUCGGAGAAUUUCAUCUUCAGCUACAUCGGCGUGUCUGUUUUCACGUUCAGUAACCAUCACUGGGAGGUCGGCUUCAUCAUGCUAGCAAUAGUGGCGAUCGUGAUUGGCCGUGCGAUGAACGUCUAUCCGCUCUCAUUCUUGCUCAACCUCGGUCGCAAGCAGAAGAUCACCUACGCAUAUCAGCACAUGAUGAUGUUCGCCGGGUUGCGUGGAGCGAUAGCGUACGCGCUGGCCAUCCGUAACACGGCGUCGGUCGCGCGGCAGACGAUGCUCAGCACGACGGUCAUCAUCGUGCUGUUCACCGUCAUCGUGCUCGGUGGAUGCACCACGCCCAUGCUCUCAUGGCUGAAGAUCAGGGUUGGUGUUGAGGAUGAGCAGGAAAUGCACCACUUCACAGCUGUAAGGACCCCGAGCCCGUCGUCGCCACACGUGGCGUCCCACGUGGCGCCACUGUCGCACGAGGCGCGCGCGCAGGAGAAGGCUCGGCUCGUCCGCGUCUGGUACAACUUCGACUACAAAUUUCUCAAGCCACUGUUGACGAACAGCCGACCUCUCCUCACCGAGACUCUACCCACCUUCUGCAUGCCCCUCGCGCGGCUGCUGACCACCGACGAGCAGGCAAACACGCCGUUAGACGAGGACAAGGACGAUGACAGUGAGCUCAUUGUAGCUGACUCGUAUUACAGCAUUAGCGGACAUCAGUCUUUCCAGAAUGCGGAUGACGAGGAACUGAUACUGGACGAUGGGUCACACGGCGUCGCAGCCGCUGCUGUCCACAGCUCGGAGGUCAACAACUCGGCAAGUUCGGACGCACGGCCGCCAGACAGGGUGCAGGCUCCGGCCGCUGAUGACGCAUUCACGGGUGACCUUGGACUCGGUGAUCACGUGAUGCAGGCGCGAGUGAGGCUCCCCGGACCACUGGGCGACAGCGUAUGACCCGACCCGACCUCUGACGCGGCUGCCGCGACUGAUAUUAGUUUUGCGCGCGACGGAUUCCUUUUGCUGUUUGAAAAGUUACAGGAUCUAAUGAUUAUUGCUUGGGUCUGAAAGCACCGAUAUAUAUGUAUACACACACACACGCACACACGCACACACAGCUACGACGAAAGCUUAGCCAUGACGAUUCGUUGCCCUAUGACGUGUUAGCCCUUUAGUGACAAUUACUUGGUUGGUUUCAUCAAUAGCCUUCAGCGAUAAUAACCCAAAAAAACUGAUGAGGCCCGUUGUGGGCGUUGCCACAGUUACGACCUCAUGUCGUAUUCCCCCGAUGGGAGUACUAUCUCUUUGGUGGAAUUUUCAAAGCCAGGGAGGUUUCUAGGUCGUGUGCACUAACAUCGUUGCUUUUACGUCCGUCUCCGUCGUGUCCUACGGUAUGUUAAUACUGGUGACAAAUCAUGGAGGUCGUGUAAACUUAAGGAUGCCUGCGUGCGUGUAUUAUUAAGUAUUGUAUAUUAUUUAUGUAGUAUAUUUGUGACCACAGUGUUCUCAUUGCACGCUUGUUAAUAAUCUAUAAAUGUGUAUAUCCCGACUUAUGCAACCUCGUCCAUGUCUUGUAAUACUCUAGCAAUCUUGCAUAAUCGUGCCCCCCUCAAAUUAUUUCUGACAGCUUCAUUAUUUCGGUGGUUUUACACCUCUUCAGAUCUGAGUUUCUUCCGUAUAUUUUCCAGAAGCAUGGGUGACACCCUCUGUGGUUAUUGUAGCGUAACAUUAUCUCAACUGGCCUUUUGAUUUCAGAUUUAGAUUAACCGUAUUGUCCUUUCGGUUCGUGGGUUUUGUAAAAAGGGGCGGCAGUAGGUGGGCAUGUACAACGGGUGCUACUUGUUAGUGGUAGAAGAAUAAGAAAUAAAGGUUGAGAAAUGUCAGUAAGAUGUCGUAGAACAGGGCCGUAGCAUGAGAAAAUUUUUAUAAGGGCAAAAUUUCAAUUUGAUUAAUAAGUGAUGAGGCAGGGGCGCUUCAACGGGCGACUAUGUCAUGCUUUACACGUAUUAUAAGGGUAUUUAAAUAUAUUGGGGUUUUUUUCUCAAAAAUCUAGCGUGACUGUAAAAUCACUAUAUGGCACCGUUAUAGUUUGCAUAGACACCUAUUAUUAAGAUUUCAGAGACAAGCGGCAGGUAUGGGUGCGUGUGUGCGUGUGUGCGUGCGUGCGUGUGUGUGCGUUCGUUCAUUUCGAUAGUGUGCGUUAUAUUGGUCGCCGCGUAAGGAUAUGCUCAAUCAAAAUAUAAGUGAUGGACGAGGCCAUACAGACGUGCUGAUACGUUGUUACUGUCCUGUGAUGACUCACUGAGAUCUUUUGUGAAUAUCGACAUAUUUAUGCUGUGUGUUGAUGGAAACGGCAGAGUGAUUGUCGUCGUCGUCGUCGUCGUCGCCGCUGUCGUCGUCGCCGUCGUUGUAGUUGUGGUUGACUAUCGGAUGGUUUGUCUUGAGGGCGUUGGUCGUUGCACCCUUGCUGUCAACUAAGAUGAUAUCAAUCGUGUAAACAUUCAUUGAUUCGUCGUUCCUCUUUUUGCUAUUGUUUAUGUGCUUGUAUAUUUUUCUUAUACAUCGGUUAGUUGUUCGUACCCGUCAUAGAUCGUUUUUGUUUUCGUUUUUAUUUUGUUUGUAUAUUUUGUGUGUGUUAGAUUACGGUUUAUCGGUUCUUGUUUCGUUUGUUCGUUUAUUGAUUCAAGUUACGAAGCACACUUCGUAGUUGUCAAAGCUGUGUUGUGGGUUGCUUGGUUCCUCACCUACUAUACAGGAGGGCAUGUACGUGUAGCGCAAUUUUUCUGCUAAUGCGUCGAUUAUUUAUAUGAUGUCGUUUGUUGCGUUUUGUACGGUCUAUUUUUCAUGUGUAAUUUUUCCUGCCAUUUCACGUUUUCGUGAUGGCAACUUUCUUCGCGUGCGUGCGUGCGUCGGGGUGUGUGUGUCGUGGUGUGCGUGCGUGUGUGUGUGUGUGUGCACGUGCGUGCGUGCGUGUGCAUGUGCGUGCGUGUGUAUGUGUGUGUGUGUGCCUACCUGUAUGUCUGUGUAUUUGGCAAUGUGUAAUAGCUGCUUGUGUUGGCUAGAGGCUGACAAGCAUACAGUGUGUCAGGUAUAUUAUUAACCUCUCUGCCUGAGCGAAAUAACCAGCACGGCUCUCAUUGGAUAUUCUUUUAGUUUAUAGGUCGGUCAAGCCAGACCAGUGUAUGCGUGUUUUCCACUCGCGCACAUCAAAAUGUCAACUGUGCAGCACUUUGUUGUGAAGCAUUAUUUUUAGAACGGUCCCUCACGACAGUGAUUGGCUAGAGCUGUUUGUCGUCCACGCUAGGCGGAUGGGUCGGUUAGUUUGGUUCGAGUCACUUUCUCAUCUCAAGUGUAUUAUGAAGUGUAAUAUUUUGUAACGUUUCACGAUAAACCUCUAGACAUACCGUUAUCAUCAUUUACUAAUGGCACAGAAUAUAUUGAUAUAUGAUCUGAUAUAUUGUAGCGAUGAAAUGUAUUAUACUGGGGCCUGUUGUUAGAAAAUAGUCUGUAAGACCGUUGACAAAAACAUGGCAAAGUUACGAAUGUCUUGUAUGCAGUUUAUAGAGGUCCGGUCCGCAAGAAAAAAAUUUAUGCUGAGAUAAAUUUUAUUUCUGACAACGGGACUCUGGAGUUUAUGCUAACGCUCCAUUAGGAGUGUUCCCAACUUUGAUAUCAU